AUGUUUAGAUUCUUCGGUAUAAAAUCUCAAGUAAUCGCUGCAGCAACGACGACUUCAACGGUUCGGGCAUGCUGCCUGAAAGCGAGCGUUGCUAACCUACCUUUGCUCCUUCAUCGUGCCCGGACGAGUGCUGCCGUCUUAGAGACUGACAACCUGAACAUGGAGAAGUGCAGCUCAAGCUCGUUCACGGAACCAGUAUUUGGAUUUCUCUAUGCGGUCCACACCUCCGAUUACUGUUCACAGGCAGCAACAGUAGGGGACAUCUGCCAGGCCGAGUCACCAGAACCAGUCUCCAUAAAGUGA